AACCCAGGAGCCAUGUGGGCCCUCGGCCUCAUCACUGCCGGCUCCGUCUUCUUUCCCGGACUCUUCCUUCUGUCCAAACUGACUCUGAGACAUAUGAUGGGAUGGAGAGACGGGGACGCUGCUGUCAUAUCUACACGCCUGGUGUCGUCCAUCCAGGCCGUCAUGGCCUCGUCAGCCGGAUGGAUCAUCGUCUCAUCCUGCAGGGACGUCAUGGAGGACAGACACUGGCUGACCGACUCCUACAUCCUGUUUGCCACGCCUUACUUUGCCUAUGACAUCUACGCCAUGUUCCUGUGUCACUGCCACAAGCUGCAGGUCAAAGGUCAUGAGGAGGAGGGGGGGCUGAGGGGUGCCAUGUCGGUGGGGGCAGCUGUGGCGGGUUACCUGCGCAGAGAUUUCCUCAUGGUGCUGCAUCACGUCUUCAUGGUGGCCUUCUGCUUCCCCGCCUCGCUGCUGUGGAGGCAGGGCAAAGGUGAUUACUUCCAGGGCGUUUUGUUUCUGGCUGAGCUCAGCACACCGUCCGUCUGUCUGGGGAAAGUCCUGAUCCAGUAUCAGCAGCAGCACACUCUGCUGCACAAAGUCAACGGAGUCCUCAUGCUGCUCACCUUCUUCGGCUGUCGGGUUCUACUCUUCCCUUACCUGUACUACGCCUACAGCAGGUACGCUUCCAUACCAGUUUACUCGGUGCCUCUUGUGGCCCCGUGGCAGUGUAACCUGGGGGCCGCUCUGCUCUGGCCCCUGCAGCUCUACUGGUUUUCACUGAUCUGCAGAGGGGCCCUCCGCCUGUUCAUGAGGGGACGCUCAAAGUCACAGCUGGAGACCUUUAAACCCGAGCAUGGCGGCUGUCUGACCCCGAGCAACGGCUGCACUCUCCACAAGGACGGACACUGACUCUGGAGAUGAAUUUAAAGACAGACAGACAAACAAAAUGUCUGACGUCAACAUGAACCAAAACAAAAGGGACAAACAGGCGACUGAGAAGGAGCCAGAGAAAAGGUGAGAGUUUCCUCUCGUGCUGAAAAAACAGAAUCAGCUUUGAUGAGUUUUAAAUCUACAACGAGUGAAGAGGGAGAACAGUGAGGUGAAGGCCUCAUCAGCCCUGAUCAGCUUCCAAAUGGAGACGGGAAACAAUUCAGAGACGAGUCUCUGAGGUGGAGAACAUGACGAGAGAGAGAGAGAGAGAGAGAGAGCUUUUAUUCUGACAGAGUGAUUACAAAGAAAAAGUCUCAGCGAAGCAUCCAGACAUGAUGAGAACGUUUGAGUCCUCAGAUAUACACGAUAAAGCAGAUUAAACCCAGUGACCCACAGCUGAAGACCAGUUUAAUAAGAACACUGAACACUUUAUUUACAGAAACAAAUUUAACAAAUAGCAUUGAAGUAAAAUACAUUUUAAUGGAACUUUACUUGAAUAUUUCCAUUUUAUGCAACUUUAUUCUUCUGCUGCAGAAAUACUGAGCGUGACUCUGCUGCAUUCAUUAAAGUGCUGAGUGUGGAGGUACGUCUGCCUUGACGUGGGUUUAUUUUGAAACUGUGUUGAAUCUGAUGGAGCUGACUGUGUUUAGGCUUCUCAUCGCCCCCCUGUGGCCACAUUGAGGAACUGCAACCCAACAGGUAAAUCAGUGGUAAACAGAGUUUAUAAUGUGUAUCAAUGUGUACAACUCUU